AUAUAGUGAAUGCGGGGUCCGGGGAGAGCGGAUAUAGUGAAUGCGGGGUCCGGGGAGAGCGGAUAUAGUGAAUGCGGGGUCCGGGGAGAGCGGAUAUAGUGAAUGCGGGGUCCGGGGAGAGCGGAUAUAGUGAAUGCGGGGGUCCGGGGAGAGCGGAUAUAGUGAAUGCAGGGUCCGGGGAGAGCGGAUAUAGUGAAUGCUGGGUCCAGGGACAGCGCAUAUAGUGAAUGCGGGGUCCGGGGAGAGCGAAUAUAGUGAAUGCGGGGUCCGGGGAGAGCGAAUAUAGUGAAUGCGGGGUCCGGGGAGAGCGGGUAUAGUGAAUGCGGGGUCCGGG